AUCUCAUAGCCAGUUCGCUCACUUACUCCGUGACUACAAGAGCCUGUACAUGUUUUAAUGAAACUUCAAUGACAUUUACAGAGGACCCGUCGAAGGCAUCAGGAUUUUACUGCGGUCAACGGAAAAAUGGCCUUCAGAUCUCCGCAGACAGCAAGUUUGUUCGACGUCACGUGAUGCCAGAACGACAAGAUUGUCAAUCGUUGUACGAGGAAGGCUUUACUUCUGACGGUGUAUACACGAUACGGCCGCCGGAAGGGGCGGCAACGGACGCCUGGUGUGACAUGGAACACGGUGGAUGGACGGUCAUCUCAAGGCGACUGGACGGUAGAGAGGACUUUAACCGCGGAUGGAAUCAAUAUGUAGCAGGGUUCGGAACACGUACAGGCGAGUACUGGCUUGGCCUGGAAAGCAUACACCUGCUUACACUCCUGAACACAUCAGUGAAAAUCUACGUUGAAUCAUUUGGCGAUGUCUCGCCGACAUCUGUCAAUGCACAGUACAGCAAGUUUGUCGUCAACGAUGUUUUCACCAACUACCGCCUAGAGAUAGACGGAUUCAUAGGCGACUGUGGCGAUAGCAUGGCUAUUCACAACAACAUGCAGUUUACUACAUUUGAUAACGAUAAUGACAAAUACUCUGGCAACUGUGCUGUUUUGUACCCCGGAGGGUAUUGGUACAAAUCAUGUCAUUAUGCUAAUCCAAACGGAUUGUAUCUAGGUGGGGCCACUGACCAGUUUGGGAAAGGGAUGUCUUGGUUCGAAUGCUGGGGACAUUACUAUUCACCCAAGAUAUACGUUUACAAACUCAAAAGGAACUAAAAAUACCGGUAUCAAGCACAUUAUUGCAAAUUUGGCACAGGAUUGAAACAGUUCUGUGGUCAGAAAUAUAUACCGAACUCAUCUAUGUCUUUUGGUGUAUGCAAACAGCUGCAUAUAAAACGAAAACAAUGUUUUAGAAAACAGUUUAACGUUCGCAAAUACUGCUUGAAAACCAUUUUGUAAAUAUCAAAUCACCCAUUUUGCUAUAUUCCAUACCAUUUAUGAGCUUGAUAGACGUCACAGCGUGUGUUUUAAUCUGUGUUUUAAUGACAAUUGUAAUGAGGCUAUGCAGGUUUUACUUAUGACACAGGUGCAUUUAUGAACUUGGAAAUUUAAUGUCAGAUGUAUCUUCAGUGUUGCAAUGGUUAUUGUCUCAGGCUUGUAUACUUAAUUUAACCUAAUUUAAAACAGAAACGCUAAUGCAUGCUUUGUCAUAUUGGAAACUAUGUCCAUGUCCGAGAAAUACGUUUCACAUUACUAUUUCGUUUUUCUAAAAAAACGCAUAAACAUUAACAUUAAAUUAUUUUCUUAUGUCUUUUACUUGCUACAGAC